CUCUCGCACAUUUCAACAAAUGUCGCACCGUAAGUUCUCUGCCCCCCGCCAUGGGUCGCUCGGGUUCCUUCCGCGCAAGCGCGCGAAGCGCGUCCGCGGGCGCAUUCGCCGCUUCCCGCGUGACGAUGCGUCGCUCCCGCCGCACUGCACUGCGUUCAUGGGCUACAAGGCCGGCAUGACGCACAUUGUGCGCGACAUGGACAAGCCCGGCUCGAAGAUCCACAAGAAGGAGGUCCUCGAGGCUGUGACGAUCAUCGAGACUCCCCCGAUGGUUGUGAUCGGCAUUGUCGGCUACGUCGAGACCCCGCGCGGCCUCCGCGGCCUCACCACUGUGUGGGCGCAGGAGCUUUCGACUGAGGUCAAGCGCCGGUUCUACAAGAACUGGUACCGCUCGAAGAAGAAGGCGUUCACCAAGUAUGCCGCCAAGAUGAACUCGGGCAAGAAGUCCCUUGACGUCGAGUGCGCUCGCAUCGAGAAGUACUGCAAGGUUGUGCGCGUCAUCGCCCACACCCAGCCGUCGCGCACCUCGCUCCGCCUCAAGGCCGCCCACAUCAUGGAGAUCCAGAUCAACGGUGGCUCGAUCGCCGACAAGGUCGCCUUUGCGCGCACCCUCCUCGAGAACCCGCUCACCGUCGACCAGGUGUUCAACAAGGACGAGAUGAUCGACACCAUUGCCGUCACCAAGGGUAAGGGUUUCGCUGGCGUCAUUGCCCGCUGGGGCGUCUCGCGCCUCCCGCGCAAGACCCACCGUGGUCUCCGCAAGGUCGCCUGUAUCGGUGCCUGGCACCCCGCCCGCGUGUCGUUCUCUGUCGCGCGUGCUGGUCAGCAGGGCUUCCACCACCGUACCGAGAUCAACAAGAAGGUCUACCGCAUCGGCCGUGGCAUCCACACCGACGAGCAGGGUAACCGCGUCUUCAACAACGCCUCGACCGACGUCGACAUCACCAAGAAGUCGAUCACGCCGAUGGGUGGCUUCCCGCACUACGGUGUUGUCCGCGAGGACUUUGUCAUGAUCAAGGGUAACUGCCCGGGUGUCCGCAAGCGCGUCAUCACCCUCCGCAAGUCGCUCUUUGCCCAGACCAACCGUGCCGCCACCGAGCAGGUCUCGCUCAAGUUCAUCGACACCUCGUCGAAGAUGGGCCACGGCCGCUUCCAGACCAAGGCCGAGCGCCUCGCCUUCGAGGGCCCGCGCAAGACCAAGACGACCUACGUCGAGGAGUAAAAAAUGUCUUUCAGGCAAAUA